UCGGAUUAAAAACGAGAGUAGCGUGCACGUUCAAAACCCUGGUGUAUUUGUUUGUCAACGAGAUCUAGAUAAAGCAUUACCAGUCUGUCAGUAUUUGUCUAGGUUUAUGAAACUUUGAACUUUGAUAUGGUCGAGCGUUGCAACAGGCGAUUAUAUUCUGAAUCAGCACGCGCCCCUGUCAAUCUUCACAAGCCUGGCAGCUGAUUGGUUGAUAGGAUGGCGUUACUAAGGAAUGCAGCUCUGACGUCACUCUUGGUCGUCCUAUUGGCAUUCUAUGUGCGACCGCGGUUUCCAGAAACGGCCAGUAAUCGUGGCACAAAGACAGCGGUUGGCCUGUUCUUCAAGUUUCAAGACCUUGUGGCUUAUUUGGGGGAACUUAUCGGUCUAGAUCCUGUGCAAACUGCCAACUCGUUUUAUAACAUCAUACUCCUGCUAGACCAACCUGCCGCAGAUGUAAAGGAGGAGACUAUUACCAUAGAGGGAGUCGAGGUCUCGGUGUUCCGCCCGACCGAGGAGAGUGACUCGCCCCGCCCAGGCAUCAUUCACAUCCAUGGCGGGGGCUUUUGCUCCCUUUCACCCGCCCACUAUGCUAAUUACAUAAGAGAAAUGGUGAGGAAGACAAACGCAGUCGUGCUGUCCAUCAAUUAUCGACUGGCUCCAAAAUUCAAAUUCCCCAUCCCUUUUGAAGACUGCCUGAUGGUUACCCGACACAUUUUGAACAACCCAGAAAAAUACGGCAUUCACCAAGAGAAAAUAGGACUUAAAGGUGACAGCGCGGGUGGCAACCUUGUAGCGGCCGUGUCACUCAACAUUUCCCUUGAUUCCAACUACCCGGAGCGAGCAAUCAAGUUCAUGUCUCUUGACUACCCAUCCCUGCAAGCUGUGGAUUUGCGGCUUCCAAGCUUCCGGAAGUACGAAAACGGUCCUUGCUUCCUGAAUAAACCCCGGAUGCUAAAAUACAUGCUUCGCUACGCAUUUGGGGAUCUUCGAUUUUACGAAUUUUUCAACAAUAACGAACAAUAUAGCUAUCUAGAUGAGAAGCUAAGAGAGCACGUUGCUUCAUCAUUACUAACAACUAAUGACGAAGAUGCUGAAUCAGACACGCCUCUAUCAGGAAAGGCUUCUGUAAAUGCUGACGAAGUGAAGGAAAUUCUGAGCGUAAUAACACAUCCAAUGUUCUCGCCGCUGAUUGCACCGGAUGAAGACCUGGCCGCGCUGCCACCCGCCUACAUCAUGAAUUGUGAGUUUGACGUGCUCCGAGAUGACGGCUUUCUACUAGCGGAGCGUCUAAGACUCGUGGGAGUAACGGUUGAGCAUUCGUACGUCCCCAGCGAGGAGCACGGGUUCAUCAUGAUGGUGAAAACAGAGGAAUCGGCAAUGGUCGAACUUAACAAAUUCACACAGUUCUUUCAAAAAAUAUUAGGACUGAAUAUAUUAUAACCCACGCGAAGAAUUUGUCACAUGCUUCUCAAUUUGUGUAUACGCUUUUACGAACCAAAUAGAUUCCAUAAAAUGUA